AUGGCAGUCUACCACUCACUCAUAAUGUCACACAUCCGCUAUGCCAUUAUUGUGUGGGGUGGGUCGUGCCAGAAUUUGGAGAGGGUGUUCAAGCUCCAAAAAAAAACUGUUAGAGCGAUCAAAGGCGAACAGUGCGCAGUCAAGCGGCAGGGACGUAGUGACACUUUGCCACAGAGUUCGAUCUUGAGGCAGAGGAGUACGUGCCGCUACCGAAGGGCGACGUGCAAAGAAGAAGGAGGUGAUUCGGACGGGACCUUGCAUGACCUUGAUGUGGCCAAUGCGCGCCCGCAGGGAGGUCACGACAUUCUCUCCAUGAUGGGCCAACUCAUGAAGUCCAAGAAGACCGAGAUCACUGAUAAACUGCGUAAAGAGAUCAACAAGGUUGUGAACAAGUACAUAGACGAUGGCGUUGCUGAGCUGGUGCCCGGGGUGUUGUUCAUAGACGAGGUGCAUAUGUUGGACAUUGAGACGUUCACCUACCUGCACCGUGCGCUCGAGUCGGCCAUUGCACCCAUUGUCAUAUUCGCCACCAACAGGGGCCGGUCGCUUGUCAGGUAACUGCAUUGAUCGAAU